UACGUCAUUUUUUUCUUUUACAGCCCUUAUUCUUUGAAUGUUGGGUUACUUUGCGAUUCCAAAUUGUAGCGUGUGUCAGCCAGACCUGUGUUUUCUAAACGGUGCACAGGGCUGCCGAGAUGGGUCUGAUCCCCGCCACACGAUGCUGGAUUAAGUGGAUUUAAAAACGUCACAUCGUAACUUGCGCAGCGUCUGGCGGUUCCCACACUAGGCCCGCCGAGCUUCCUCCUUCCGUGCAGAUGUCGUCCCACCCGUCAUCUGGGAGGGGAGAUGAAGUUACGUCGCCACUGCCAGCCCGAGGCGUCACUUCAAGGAAGAAACAAACAAUCAUCUCCUAAUGCGGAAAUAUCGCUGGAGUGGAGCUUGCCAGUCGCGGACCGGCCUACUCAGUAUUGUGUUUGUUUUUUAAGUAAUUUGUCCUGAAUAAAACAAUCUGAGACGCUGCGGCAGCGAUCGGACAGCCUGCGUGACCUGACAGGACGGCGGAGUGACCCGAUAACUCCUGGAUGAGCAGUGUGGGUGUCACUGGCCCCGAUUCGCCGCCUCUUUGUCGUCUGCGAACCCCACGAAGAAUGUUUCAGAGAGGCAGACAGUUUGGGGAAAGCGUGUGAGACGCGCGCCACCGAUGUCACGGCUCGCUGAAGGCGCGUGAACUGCGGACAGGAAGAACAACAGGUUGGCAGACGCGUCCCGACAUGUUGCUCGGAAAGUGAACGGCUGCUGAAGUCGGCGCCUCAAGUUCCCAGGGGAGUGUGAACAGGGCCGGGGCCAUGGCGUCCGGAGCCCCACCGUUCGCCGUCGUCAUGUUUUUCACGUUUUUGUCGCAGCAAGAAGUACACAGUUUUAUGACUACGAAGCUGACAUAUGACUUUGGCUCACAUUUCCAGGACAUCCUAGGUCCAUGUUGGGGAAUUCCAAAGGUUCUAACUUCUCGUCAAGGAGAAAUAAAGUUCUCCUUCUUCCCAAAAUGGUAUUCACAUGAACAGAAUUGCACUUGGCUGAUUGAAGCACCUGUGGGACAAAUAGUUACUGUCAGUUUUUCAAGCUUCAAUGUAUCCUGUUCUUUGGAAUGGCUAUCUGUGGAAACCCCACUGUUAAAGCCUAUCACUCUUUGUGGCUCGGUAUUGCCAGAACCUCUUGAGCUCCUUGGAGGAAAUGUUUCUAUAACCUACCACUCAGGACUACUGCAUGGUUCUGGAUUUCGUUUGACAUAUAUUAAAGGUUAUCUGGACUCAGAAAAGUGCAUGCAGGAUGAAUUUCUUUGUGCAAAUCGGAAAUGUGUGCCAAAUGAUUGGCAUUGCAACCAACAAGAUGAAUGUAAAGACAAUUCUGAUGAAUCUGACUGUCCUCUGUCUUACAGCCCUCCAACUAGUCCCUUCUUACAAAGAAAGACUUGUCCCCUCUCAACCAUUCCCUGUGACAAAUACACAAAACUAGAACAAACCCAUUGCAUAUUUGUCAGUCAGAUAUGUGAUGGAUUCGCUGACUGUCCAGGAAACACUGAUGAAAAUAACUGUCCCCCAGUUCAAGAGGGCCCCUGUGGAGGAAGGCUGACAGAAUUUUAUGGAGUCUUUUCGUCACCACGUUUUGCUAUUCCCACAAACUAUCAUCAAAAUAGGGCCCAGGAGUGCAUAUGGGAGAUUGAUCCAGGGGAUACAAGAAAGUUGAUUCUUAAUCUGGUUUCAAUUGAUCUUGAAGCCAGCGACAGCAUUGAAGUUUAUGACAUGGGAGACUUGAAGGAAGAUCAUCUACUUCGCAUGAUAAGUGACUUAAGCAACAACAAACGAGUGACAGUAGAGUCAACUUCUGGCCAUAUGUCAGUGGUCUAUCGUUCUGAAGCUGGCAGUUCUACUCGUGGAUUUAAUGCAACUUAUCAAGUGUCCGGCUAUUGCUUGCCAUGGCAAUUGCCUUGUGGAGGUGGUAGCCUGGAUUGCUAUUCACACCAGGAACGCUGUGAUGGCAUCUGGAACUGUGUGGAGACAGGCAAAGAUGAAGAGGGCUGCGGAAAUUGUGGUCCUGGCAUGUUUCCUUGUGGGGGUAUUCGACAGAGUCACCCAGGAGGUGUGACAGGAACCUGCUUCUCAGCAGCUGAGCGCUGCAAUUCUCAGUCCUACUGUAUUGAUGGCACAGAUGAGAGAAAUUGCCACAGUUGUCAGCCAGGCACAUUUCACUGUGAUGCAGAAAGAUGUGUUUUUGAGACUUGGCGUUGUGAUGGUCAACCAGACUGUAAGGAUGGCACUGAUGAGAUGAAUUGUUCAUUUACUGUGCCACGGAAGGUCAUCACAGCAGCGACAGUGGGCAGUCUCAUCUGUGGUCUUUUACUUGUCAUUGCCAUGGGCUGUACAUGUAAGCUGUACUCCCUGCGUGCCCGUGAAUACAGUUUUUUUGCCCCUAUCUCUGCACGAGAGGCUGAAUUUAUUCAGCAGCAAGCCCCACCAUCUUAUGGGCAGUUGAUUGCCCAGGGCCUUAUUCCUCCAGUUGAUGACUUUCCCACAGAGAACCCCAAUGACACCUCAGUUUUAGGGAACAUUAGAGGAAUUAUUCAACUCUUGAGACAGGAACGCCCCCAUAAUCGCAGAAGACGACGCAACCGGUAUGUGAGACGAGCUAUCAGAAGACUGAGGAGAUGGGGUUUGCUGCCAAGAGCUACAUCAGCUUCCUCUUCUGGACGAAACGGUGCUGCGCCUCAGGUUGCUACCGUAUCUUCAGCUGCGGCUUCUUCAAACACAGAUGGAACUGAACAAGCAAAUGGAGGCGAUGCUCAUCUACUGGUGGAGGGUGGAGCUACAGGGGUGAGCAAUCUACCCCCAGCAGAUGAUGAUGAUGAUAAUCAGUCUGAAGAUAAUGCUCCUCCUUUGCCUCAAAAAAUGAAUUUUAAUUUUGAACCUCGCUGGCAGCCACAGUCCACAGCCCAAAGAGAUACUGUGCCACAGGCAGAUGGCCCAAGUACAGCCUCAUACUCUGCUAAUAGUGAAUCACCAGCUGCAGCUCAAGCUCCCUUGUUAACACUUGAUGAGAUUCCUGUGAACAGAAGCACCUCUUUGUUGUCGUCUGUGUUUUCUGCACUUAGAGGUCGCUUGUCAUACUUUGGCAGGCUACUUCCUCAAUCUGCAAGCUCUGAAACACAGUUUCCAGUUCAUGCUCAUGCAGUUGAUAAUGACGAUGAUGUUCUGCUGUUGCCCCUGACUGACAGCCCUAAUCUGUCUCAGGCCCGCUUAACAACAUUUGGCCUGCUGAAUGAUGAUGAUGAUGAUGAUGAAAUCCUCCCCUAAAGUUUACUUAGUCAAUCUUGCCCUAGUGCCUUACUGUCACAGCUGAUAUUCACAGCACUAAGAAUGGCAUUAGACAUAAAAAAUGAAUAUCUAGACAGGGCAUCAUAGAUUACUUUGACUCUCAGGUUUAUGUUCAUCAGAAAUAUUGAAUUCAAGCUACUUUGAUUCAUUGUUCAUCCCAAACUCUUACCUACUAGUUCAGUUGGGAAGUCUAAAUUGGUAUAGUAUGAGUGAAUGUGGUUGUGUGCAUUAGCAUGAUCCAUGAUGAACUGGGAUCUGUUUAGGUGUUGGUUCUUAAAAGAAAAAAGUGACCCUAAAAAACAGCACAGAAAGAGGAAGGAUGGAUGAAAAAAUUUUUUAAACAUAGUCUUGGGGUACAUUCUUAUUGCGUGUAAAAGUGAAAAUCAUGUUUUAUUACUAAAGCCAGGUGUUUGUAGGUGUUGGCCGCAAGGUGGUUAGCCAUAGUGUGUUUGAUCACUGCUAACUAAAUUGCUUUUUGCUGAAGACAACCUAGGAUGCUGUACCUAGGAAUUUGACAUGAAAAGUGAGAAAUCCUAGAAUCACAUGAUGCAAAUAAUAACUUAAUGUAAUAACUGAUAAUGCAUCAACAAAAACUUGAAGGCAACCAAACCUUGUGGUCUGGAAAGGAAACCCAGUGCAUUAGAGAAGUAGUGCCCAAGCAGUUUUUGUUUUUUCCUUAUAAAAAUUGAUUGAUGUGCCCUGAUGAUUUUCAUCAUUAUGUUGCUCCAUGGUGCUGCUAUUUUGUCAGCUUACUGAUUUUAAUAACCCUUAUAAGGACAAUGCUCUAUGUCACUUUUAAAACCCUGAGACUACACACAUGCUUGUUGGUUGUCCAUGUUCUGCCCUGAUAAAACUACAAACUACAGCAAUGCCAAGUGCCUUGAUUUGUAAAGCCUGUAAUUGCAUUGAAGUGUCUGAAAGAACAGUGGCAGUGCCACUUGCGCCAAAUUCACUAAUUGAGGAAGCUGUUAAACUGGCUUUAUGAACUACCACUAGGCUGUAUCCUAGAGGAACACAAAAUGAGUAUGAUCCCACCUGUUCAUAUUGAUGUUUCUUAUGCACUUUGCUCCUUGGUCAUUGAAGAGAAAUAUUGAUUUACAAGGUUCGCUGUUUCAAUUGUAAAAUGUAAGUCUAUGGUUUCACAGGUUUUGAAUUAAUUUCAAAGUUUCUAGGGCUGCUUUUUGCACGGUUUGUUUUAAAUUUUUUUUGUCUUGUGUAUAUUGUUUAAAAGUGCUUGCUUGCCAUGUACAGACAAGGCAUUUUAGCUUGUGAGUUUAUUUGAAAUUUGAGUUAUUCAUCUGUUGCUUUUUCAGAUAGUAGGGAGUGAUGUAUAAAUGCUGUGCUGUAUUUAAACUUUUAUCUUUUUAUGCCGUUGUUUUUAAUUCCGGUUACGGGACCUGAAAUAGGCACAAAAAGUAAUUUAAAGAAAAUGCGUAAUCUGUACUCUGUUGUUUGUAUAAAACUACUGCUUUAGGAAAUGCCUUAUUGACUGCCAUUCUUAUACCUGAAGUCUUACUGAUGCACAUUCAUGGACAGUGAGGCAGUCUUCAUAAUCACAUCAGGCUGUCUGAAAGGAUUUGCUGUUUUACACCAUCUGUAAAAAUUUCUGCAUUGCAGAUUCCAAACUUUUUAUAUAUAAAAGUUUUAAUGUUUCAUGGCAAAUGAAUGUGUUACAAUGUGCAAUGUACAGGAAAUGCUGUAAACAAAAUCUUUUUUGAGUUCAAGAAUGUAUCUGAAUGCUUGGUGUUUAUUUUUCAAUAGUUAAAAUGCACUCAAAAUUGUUUUUUUAAGAUGAAAGAAAUGUAACUUGUAAAUAAUUUAAAAUGUGAUUAUUAAUAAACAAAAAUCUGCACAUUUUACUAAUA